AGAUGAUAGUUUCUUUCUGCUGGUGAUAACAUCUACAAUGAUGACGGGCGACAAGGAGAGAUCUCUUGAAAGUGCGAACCUUCAGGAGGAAGAAGAUGCACAAAGUAGCGACUCGCUGGACUUCGCGCCAUAUCACGAUGAUCCAGAGGAGCCUGAGACAGACAGCGGCAAGAAACGCUCGCCACUACCCAAAGAUGAGGAUUUGAAGGUUCCAAAGAGCAGAAGAACCAUAAUCUAUAAGAUUGUGAUUAGUUUGGUGACCGUCAUCCUUUGCUUCUUGAUUAUCUUUACUGUUCUCAGCACUACCCGCGAACGCCGCAAUGAACAACAAAAGCAGAAACCUACAACAUCACCUCGGCCACCACCCUCAAGAGACUUUGCUCUCAAUUUUCCAGAACAAUACCCGGCGCUCGACUCGAAAACAUCUUCAGCAGAAUGUCAAGAGGCUUGGCAGGCUUUGACAGAGAUUCCUUGCCACGAUGCAAUCUGGACCCUUAACUGGGACAGUGGCGUUCCUCAGUUAUUGGGACCGUCCCUCGAUCGAUUCGUUCCGUUGAUCUGCGAUGCUAGGUGUGCUUCUGCAUUGGAAGCAGCGAAGGGGAAUAUACAAUCUGCCUGUUCAAAGGAAGACACAUUCGCUGUGGAAGGAUACAAAGGGAGGUUCAAUCUGGAGCUGUUGGAAUCUGGACCUUUAGAUGUCCUGGAUGUCUUGGUCGAAAGACAGAUUCAUACCUGCCGAAAGAGUCCUGCAGGCGAUGCAGAGAGAGGAUUUUGCAUGACAGAUCUUAGCUCCAGAUGGGGGAUUGUGGAUGGGUUUCGCGCGAAUGCGACUCAAGGUCUAAGAUUGUUCUUGGCUGGUACAAAUAGCAGGAAGACAGAGCCAGCAGGAAGACACAGAGGUAGGCAGGGCUCUGGCGGGUGGUCAGAAAACUACAACUACUGGAGAGAGGAAAGAAAAUUUGGUCCUGGCAGGGGAGAAACGACGUGUAGCUGGUGCACGUUGGAGUGGUUGAACGGGAAGCUUCCUAUGUGGAAGGAACACAUGCUCUCUUUGGAUGGAAAAUUCAUGAGCCUUCCAGAGUUCCUUCGAAUGUGGGAGGAUGCCGGGAAGAGGUGUGCUAGUGAUCGAUUCAUGGAAGCAUACCACUCUGCUGUUCAAGCAUAUAUCGAUCAAGGUGUACUUGAUCCCGACUGGGAAACGAAGGCCUCUGGUGAUAUCCCAUACUUGAUGCAACACGGUCCAACAUCAGGAGAUUACCCAGCACGAGACGUGGAUUCGAUACUUGAGACAAUGAAGGUUUAUCGAAGUCGCACUGAAAACAUCAACCCAACUGCCAACGCCAGGAUCAAGCACCAAGCCACUGUGAAUCAAUACAUCGGCUGCCUCGAGUCUUUCAAUUUCGCCGUCCAAGAUCUUCAGUGCUAUCCGUUCUUGUCCAAGGAUCAGAUGUCCGAGUACGUGUUGUGCGACAUUCACACAGCUCAGCGAUCAUGCUCUGCAAGCUGUCUCGCCUCCAUUGAUGCCUUCAGGCGAAAAAUGUAUUCUGAUUGUCCUGGCGCCUUCACAGGACACAGAUACUCUCAAUCCCUCAAGUUCGUCGGCAAAGAUGUCGCAUCUUUCGUUGAGGAUUUCUUCGGUCGUGAAAGUACCAUUUCGAGCUUCGAGACCAUUUGUCGGCCUGCUGAUAACUGGGGCUCACGCCGAGGUCCACCUUGUGCUGCUGUGUUUGCGCAGUGGGGAAGACAAGACUGGGUAUUCCAAGAAUCGAAACCAGAAAUGAAGGAUCUCAUCGCGACCACUCGUCGCCUUGUAUCCGAGCUUCCUGAGAUGCCGCCACAACUCAAGGCUUGGAAGCACCCUGGGAGGAAGUUGACGGUAGAAGAAGAGCAAAUUAGCAAGUAUUUGAUCACCUGGAGGAAGAAGAUGGAGCAAGGCGUCUGCAGUGAUUGCAUGUGGCGGAACUUUGUUGAAAAGAGUACCUGGUUCCACGGCAUGCUUCCUCGGGGCACUUCAGAAGAUGUAGCGAUCGAGUGGAUCAAGACUGCUCAUCAUUUGAGAGAGGAAUGUGCUGCCAGAGGACGGAGUCUUCAAGAGUUCGAGCUGAAGGCUGUUGAUGAGAUGUGGAAGAAGACGUAUUCUGAGGAAGCCUGGGAUAAGGCGUUCAACGAGGGUCAACCGCUACCUGCUUGGGCUACGGGACGUGAGGAACUUGUCUGAUUUCAAUUGAGCGUUUGCGAUUAUAUCACUCUAUAUCAGUGAUAGGUGCACGUAAUUUCCUCUAAUCAAUUGUCUUGACCCGUAAAUCCCCCAGGAUUUGAGGGACAAUUAGGUUCUCCAGAUAGUACGUACCAAAAAUCCGAAUUUGGUGCAGAUAGCUGUCGAAGUGAUUGAACUUGGUUGCUGUUUGUGAAUAACUCUGAACGAAAAGGCCAUGCUUCAUUUUGGUCAUGCCUUACGACUUCUCCACGCAGUAUCUGUUGUCAGCGACCAACCCAAAGUAAAUGACUUGCAUCC